CGUUGCUGCUCAGUCUGACCAGCAAAAUUCGGGGAUUGCAUAGUUUAGCUUCGUAGCUAAAGCUAGCCAGCUAGCUGCCCGGCACCGAUGCUGCUGCUAACUCGUGUUGUGUAUUAAAUGACACUUGAGUAGGGAUGAAUGAGGAAAGAAGCCCGGUGGCGCAACUGGUUAGUUUUGACGGUUUACUGGCAGCCUCCUGCAGUUAGCUGGAAGUUACUCAUCCGCCCGGGUAGGAGGUUUGGCUAAUUAGCAAGCAGCGACGGGGCAAGGGGACUUGUACAUGUCUUCCUGUCCACCUACUGCUAAACAUUUUGCAGUUCAUGUUUCGCCAAGAGGUCAGUGUGACGUCUUUCAUCCCGUCUUGUUCGUAUCUGUUCCACCACGAGAAGAGGAACAUGUCCAGGUAUAACAUAUACAGCUUGUUAGACUGGGUGUACGGCGGGGUGGACCCUAAGUUUGAGGGCAACGGGGGCCCGGAGUGUGCCGCCUUCCUGGCGCCCCAGCAGCGCGCCUGUGAAAGUCUGGUGGUCAUCCUCCUCUCCAUAGUUGAGAUUAGUGUGGCGCUGAAGAAAAUAAACAUCUUCAAAGAGCUGAAAGUGGCGGAGAAGGAGUGCACAAAAUCAAAAGAGGACAGUCUCAGUAAGAACCUGUUGCUUGUUGCACUAUGCUUGACUUUUGGAGUGGAGGUGGGCUUCAAAUUCGCCACCAAGACUGUCAUCUACUUGCUGAACCCCUGUCAUGUGGUCACCAUGGUCCAGAUAUUCCUGCUGGCCUCCCCACCUUGUAAAAUUGCAAUGGUUGUGUUUAGGCUGCAGGUACACAUGUUGAAUGGUGCUCUACUGGCUUUAAUGUUCCCCGUAGUCAACACCAGACUGCUGCCCUUUGAGAAAGAAGUCUAUUACAUCCAGCACUCCAUGCUCUACCUGGUGCCAGUCUACCUUUUCAGGAAAGGAGGUGUGUACAAACCUGAGCCCCUGGGGGACAUGUGGUGGGCGCUGCUCUCCACCGGCAUCCUCUUCCUGUACCACUUUGUCUUCUUGCAAGUUCUUGGCUUGGCGACAGAGGUGAACCUCAACAAUAUGCUGUGCCCGGCCGUGUCCGAUCCUUUUUACGGGCCUUGGUACCGCGUGUGGGCGACGGGCCACCAGACACUGCUGACGCUGCUCCACGGAAAGUUCCUGACCCUGCUCUCGCAACACACGGGCCCUGUGUGCAGAUACUCGCUGGACACACUCCGACUGCGCAGCAAGAAAAUCGACUGAACGAGCCUUUCACUUUCACUUUCAUUGCCUUUUAUGUUGGUUUUAUUUAGUGUAUUUUACGCUUUUAUUUCAGUGUUGCUUGUGACGCCAUGUUUUUAAUGUAAUGGCAUACAUACACUGCUCGCAUGCCAUUCGUGUAGGGAGGUGUUUUAAGGCUAGGGGUCCGAAUAGAGAAUCAAAUGUGCAAAAAUAUCCAGAAAAUCAUUUAUGUUGCCUUUUUAGUGUGCAGAAAAAGGUCACUACUGAUAGGCAGUUGUCACUCUUGUUUUCAUGUGCUAACUUCAAGAUAAAACACUACUCAAAUUUAGGACGAGUCAGCAAAUUUCAGGAUGAAUCUAAAAUGCAUCUCCCAACAGAAGACACUUGCAGCUCUUAAGAACAUUCUAGUUCAGUGGUGGGCAAACGUUUUGGAUCAGGGGCCACAUUGGCUUUUUAAACGUAUCAUGUAUUUGGUGCAUCUCAAAGCAUAUUUCUGUUGGAACUACGGGUAGACUUCUCAAACAUAGGAUUUGAUUUUCAUUAUAAUACAUCUUGUUUCAACAAUAUAUCAGGUCGGUGUGGUUCAGAUGGUAGAGCGGCCGUGCCAGCAACCUGAAGGUUGUAAGUUCGAUUCCAGCUUAUGCCAUCCUAACCACGGGCAAAAUCACCCACUUAGGUCCGGUGUAUGCAUGUGCAGCACUCCCUUGAAAAAGAGAUUGUUCAUGUCAAUGGGACUUCCCUGGUUGUAUAAAGGUAAAAAAAAUAUAUCAAAUAAACAUCCAUCCAUCCAUUUACUACCGCUUAUUCCCUUUUGAGGUCGCGGGGGGCCCUGGCGCCUAUCUCAGCUACAAUCGGGCAACCCUGGACAAGUCGCCACCUCAUCGCAGGGCCAACACAGAUAGACAACAUUCACACUCACAUUCACACACUAGGGCCAAUUUAGUGUUGCCAAUCAACCUAUCCCCAGGUGCAUGUCUUUGGAAGUGGGAGGAAGCCGGAGUACCCGGAGGGAACCCACACAUUCACGGGGCGAACAUGCAAACUCCACACAGAAAGAUCCCGAGCCCGGGAUUGAACCCAGGACUGCAGGACCUUCGUAUUGUGAGGCAGAUGCACUAACCCCUCUGCCACCGUGAAGCCUAUCAAAUAAACAUGAAAAUUAUAUUACAGAGUUAACACUUGGAUUCUUUUUUGGUGGGAGCAUUAUUGAUCUAGUAUCAGUUCUGUUUUCAAAACCGAUCUUUGCUUAAUUUAUGUCUAAUACUUGGCGGGCCAGAUUAGAAAGACCACCUGGUUGUGGCCCGUGGGUCGUAGUUUGCCCAUCCCUGUCCCAGUGGAAGCCUCACAAUUGUGCAUCAGCUUUUUGUCAAAAAACAGUUGUGGAAAAAAAAAAAAAAAAAACUUGGUGAAACAUUGAACCACGUGCCUUCAAACGCUUACAGGUGACCCUCGAUUUGGGGCGUUUCAGCCACCUGUUGCUAGCAGGGUUUGUUUCAUCAUUGUGAACACGAAAAAGAGAGAGGUGUGUUGUGACUGAUGGGCAAAAUUCCCCCAUAUCCCCCACCCCCCCAGUUGUGUUUGAGAUGAGAGUCGUUUUGGUAUGCUCAAUAUUAGCCGCACUUACCUCAGGGCGCCCGCAUCGUAACGUCCAAUUAAAUGUUUUCAGACUGAUGGGGAGGCCGUUGAUCAAUGAUGUCCAUUUGUGCAACACCAACACGUGUUGGUGUCGGCUACAACGGCGCCAAAACAACUUCACGCUCUGUAUGGAGUGAAAUUGCUGCCAGAACAAAAAUGCUUUUACUUACCCAUAAUGAUUCACAAGUUGGAAAAAAAUCUCUGUACAUUUUUUUUUUGUUUCUCAAGUUAAAACUUUUGGCAGUAUUAUUUCACCCUGGGUGGUCCACACACCUGCACACAGAGCACCCCUAAUUUUCAAGGUGGGGAGUCCUGCACACGUUCCUGCACAACGGCCAUCUUGGCUGGGUUGACCACCACUCUAUAAUAUUUUCCAGGAAGAAGUCACAGCAUUGAAUACUAGCAAUUACUGCCAAGGAUUUGAACUUGAAGUAAAUUGUUUUAUACUUGUUUUUCUUAAAUUCCAGAAUUUAUUUUUUUGUAUACAUUUUUUAUUUUUUUACUUGUUUAAACAUAGAGCGGGCGUGAGUAAAACAUAUUUGUGUUUGUGGAGUUUUAGCAGUAAUUUCACGACAUACAGUACUCCUGUUACGUUCAAUGCAGUCGGAAAUCACACAAUUGAACGCUACAGUAGUUGUAUUGUUAUGACUAAUCGACGUUAGUGUGUUUUGUAUACAAUAUGAGUGACUUAUGUGUUCAUUUGUAAGAUCCGCCUUCUAAACAAGAAGGCGGAUGACAGUCUGUCACCAAAAGGCCACCUGUUGUGCGUUUUGACUGCAUCUUAAUAUUUCACCCCAAUUAUUCCUAAAUUUCCUAACGGUUUGUGAGUGUUCGGGACUGAAAAUGCCAUUUUACUUGUAUGAAGUGUUCUGGUUUUUUUUUUUUUUUUGCUAUCCACUGUAAAUGUGAAUUUGGUUGAAGUUGGAUCUUUUUCUACAUGCAGAAAGAAACAUUUGUAAGUUUCUGCCUCCUUUUCCAGCAGUUCAGUUUAUUGCAGUUGUGAUAAUCAGGAGAUGUUUAGUGUUUUAUUGCCACAAGAGUUUCAUCAUAAAUCGUACAAAAGUUUUUUCUACAGCAACUUUGCAAAUAAUUUUUUUGUUUUUUUCAUUUCAAACUAUUUACUAGUACAAAAAGGGCAUUAGUCUUUGCCUGCUAUUUUCUUGUGCAAACAGGGUCAUUGUGGAGAUGUUGUAGGAUCACACUGGGAUGUCUUGCUCUCUUCUGCCAAGGAUGUUUUUUAAUUUUUGUCUUAAGUAUAUGGACAAAAUAUGCUAGGAGGGAAAAGCUUCAGUCAUGUAUUAUGAAACUUGAAGAGUGUGUUGCUUGUUGCUUGAGUUAAUAUUCAUAAAAAAAGUCACCACAAAAUCCGCCCUUUAUCUGCAUGAGGUCACUUUGGGUCAUUUCUUGGCUGCGUCUUCAUAAGAAGGUGUUGUAUCAUUUCAAGAGUGGGGGGAGGGGGGUGCAUCAUUGUAGCACAUUUGACUUCUACUGUAUACAUAUAUUACUGCAAUGUAAAGGGAUGCUUUUUCUACUCUAAAGGGAUUGUGUGUAGGUUCUUAAUUAAAGUUAUUUCAGUUAAACAAA